AUGUUCAGGCGCGCGGCCGUCGCAACCCUGCUGCUCAGCAGCGCUGUCUCGGUCAACACCCUCGACGCCCGAUCUCAGGUGGCGACGCAGGGACAAGAUGAGGUCCGUGCCUUUGACGUCGCUCUGCUCCACGAUGGCCACGCCGCCAGCUUGAAGACCAGGGCCGACGCCGCGGCCGGUAAUUCUACAAAGUCUGGCGAUGCCGCCAAGUCUGGAAAUGCCGCAAAGUCUGGUGAUGCCGCGAAAUCCGGGGAUGCCGCAAAGGCCGGUGAUGCCGCAAAAUCUGGUGACGCCGCAAAGGCUGGUGAUGCCGCAAAGUCUGGCGAUGCCGCAAAGUCUGGUGACGCCGCGAAAUCCGGCGAUGCCGCAAAGGCCGGUGAUGCCGCAAAGGCUGGUGAUGCCGCAAAGUCUGGUGACGCCGCGAAAUCUGGCGAUGCCGCAAAGGCUGGUGAUGCCAACGCCGGUGGUGCUGCCAACGCUGGCGGCGCUGCAAACUCUGGUGAUGCUGCCAACGGUGGCGGUGCCAACAACAACAACAACAACAACAACAACGGCGGUGGUGGUGGUGGCGGCGGCAACGCCGACGCUGGCGCAGGUGGUGCAGGAGGUGCGGCUGGCGGCGCGGCUCCGGCCGACGGUGGUGCUGCUGCUGCUCCGCCGCCACCCCCUGCCGAUGGAGCUGCUCCCCCGCCCCCUCCCCCUGAGGCCAAGGGCAAGGACGCCAAGGGCAAAGACGCCAAGGGCAAAGACGCAAAGGGCAAGGACGAUGCCGCCAAGGGCAAAGAUGAUGCCGCCAAAGGAAAGGAUGCCAAAAAAGGAGCUGCCGCCGCUGGUGCCGCCGCCGCCGGAGGAGAUGCCGCUGCCGCAGCACCCCCCCCUCCCCCUCCCGCAGCCGACGGAGCUGCUGCGCCUCCCGCACCCCCCGCUGCCGGCGGCGCUGGCGCUGGCAAAGGAGGCGGCAAGAAAGCAGCCGAUGCCGCUGGCGCCGGAGCAGGUGCCGCCGGAGCCGGAGCCGGAGCCGCAGCCGGAGGUAUGGGUGAUAUGUCCGGGUCGGGCGGGUCUGCUAACGCGGGUGACGGCGCCGUGAACAACGGAUCUGCCAGCAGCGGCGGCUCGUCCGACGGCUCCAGCUCUGGCGGCAACAACUCGGCCAGCAGCGGCUCCAGCGACAACUCUGGUGGCAGCUCUGGUGGCAACUCCGGCGACAGCAGCGGCGGCAGCUCGGGCGAUAACUCGGGAAGCGCCGUUGCUUCCAGGUCGGUCAAGAAGCUCAAGAACCUGAGGACGCGCAACCUUCUUCAGGCCAACCGCUGGUAG